UCAGUUUUUAUCUUGUGUGAGAAAGUGAAACUAUUUCUCUGAGAGGUGAAAUGGCGCAGCAACAAAACCUGAUGGAUCGGAAAAAGCUUUGCUGUUCGAUCUGUCUGGAUCUACUGAAGGAUCCUGUGACUAUUCCCUGUGGACACAACUACUGUAUGAGCUGUAUUAAAAGCCACUGGGAUGAAGAGGAUCAGAAGCAAACCCACAGCUGUCCUCAGUGCAGACACACCUUCAUGCCGAGGCCUGCUCUGGUGAAAAACACCAUGUUAGCAGAUUUAGUGGAGGAACUGAAGAAGACAGGACUCCAAACUGCUCCAGCUGAUCACUGCUAUGCCGGACCUGAAGAUGUGGCCUGUGAUGUCUGCACUGGGAGAAAGCUGAAAGCUGUCAAGUCCUGUCUGCAGUGUCUGGUGUCUUACUGUGAGCAGCACCUCCAGCCUCACUAUGAAUCCCCUGCCUUUGAAAAACACAAGCUGGUCGACCCCUCCAAGAAGCUUCAGGAGAACAUCUGUACUCAUCACAAUGAGGUGAUGAAGAUUUUCUGCCGCACUGAUCAGAAGUGUAUCUGUAUUCUCUGCUCCUUGGAUGAACAUAAAGAUCACAUGACAGUCUUAGCUUCAACAGAAAGGGCUGAGAGGCAGAAAGAGCUCGGGGUGAGUCAACAAAAGAUCCAGCGGAGAAUCCAGAACAGAGAGAAAGUUGUGAAGGCGCUACAACAGGAGGUGGAGGCUAUCAAUCACUCUGCUGAUAAAGCGGCGAAGAACAGUGAGAAGAUCUUCACUGAGCUGGUCCAUCUUAUCAAAAAUAGAAGUUUUGAUGUGAAGCAGCAGAUCCGAUCCCGACAGAAAACUGAAGUUCGUCGGGCUAUAGAGCGUCAGGAGAAGCUGCAGCAGGAGAUCAACGAGCUGAAGAGGAAAGACAUCGAACUGGAGCAGCUCUCACACACAGAGGACCACACCCAGUUUCUAUACAAUUACCCCUCCCUGUCAUGUCUUAGUAAACCUACAGAUUCACCCAGCAUGAGUAAGAGCAUUCUGCAAUACUUUGAGGAUGUGACUGCGGCUGUGUCACAGGCCAGAGACAAGCUACAGGACAUUCUUAGUGACGUGUGGACCAACAUAUCAGAGCCUGAAGUGGAGGUUAUAUUGCCACAACCUCAGCCCAAGACCAGACCUGAAUUCUUACAGUAUUCACAACUAAUCACACUGGAUCCAAACACAGUAAACACACAGCUGUUAUUGUCUGAUGGGAACAGAAAAGCAACAGUAAUGGCUGACAAGCAGCUUUAUUCUAGUCAUAAGGACAGAUUUACUGACAUGUUUCAGGUUCUGAGCAAAGAGAGUCUGAGUGGACGACACUACUGGGAGGUGGAGAGGAGCAGAUAUGAGGUCUCAGUAGCAGUCACGUACAAGGAUAUCAGCAGAGCAGGAUAUGAAAGUGGAUUUGGAAAUGAUGACAAGUCUUGGGCUCUGGAGUGUUACAACAACAGUUAUCAGAUCAGACAUAAAGGUAUCGGCACUCCCAUCUCAGGCCCUCAGUCCUCCAGAGUGGGAGUGUACCUGGAUCACCCUGCAGGUAUUCUGUCCUUCUACAGCGUCUCUGACACCAUGACUCUCCUCCACAGAGUCCAGACCACAUUCACUAAGCCGCUCUAUCAGGGACUUGGUGUUUUUGGUUCACAUGGUGACGGAUCUGCUGCGGAGUUCUCGAAGCUUGAGUAGAUAGAAGUUAGGAGGCAAUAAGUGCAGGGGUGUGACGUCACCUGGUUUGUGGACUACUGUUUUGAAGCCUUGAGUUUGGCAUUUUGGUUUCCAUCUUGUUUUUUUGAAGCCAGAAGUGACCAUAUGUGGAGGAGCGAGAGGUGGAUCUGAGUGAAAACCUGAGGACACUAUGCACAACUUAUCAAUCACAGGGUGGACAUGUCCUAAAGCAUACCCUGCUUUCUUGUUUAUUUUACUCUAGAUGGGAGUAUCAUUUACAAAAGAAGACUGGAAACCAGCAACUGAGACCAUAAACUCUUUAGGAAAAUGUUUACUGAGGGUAUUUUCUGAUAGACUUAAAUACAAUGUGGCAAAUUUUUACCAUCACUAGAGUCGCCACCUGCUGGCCUUUAGUAAGAAUGCAUCAUUGGCUUUCCUUGACAGACCCAGAGGCUAUAUAACAGGUGCACUUCUCUUAUAGUCUAUGGGAAUGUCUCAUUAGCUUCACAGAGAUUCAAACGUGCUUCAUGAUUUCAUAACAGGUUUUGCUUUGUCUUUUUCAUUUUGAUCUCACUCUGCAGGAACUAUAAGACUGAAAUGUAUAACCAUUAUCAAACAAUAACCCUAUCAUAGAGCUAUGCAAAUACAUCUGUCGUUAUUAUCACAUUAUUAUGGUUUGGGCUCAUGAGGUAGUUCAGGCGAUGUUUACUGCAGCUGCUCCUCUUCCUUUGAGAAGCCAAGAUAUGGCACAUUUUGGAUUUAUGAGUGUGGUUGCAGUCUUUUUUCUGCCAUGUUUACUCAUGAAAUUUGAAAUGUUUAUUUCCAGUACAUUUUGAUAAUGAAGAAAUAAAUCAGCAGUUGAUUUAUAGGUAGAUUUACAGUCAAUCCAGACAGACAUGAUUUAUUCCAGUAUUUACAGAAACUCACAUUACUCCAAUCACCGAAGGUUCAGUCUUCCUAAUACAUUUUUAAAAAUGCAUUCCCAAAGACUUAGCCUCAGGCACACAAUAUGCAACCAGUGCACUAUUUGCACUGUUUUUAUAUAUAAAUACUUAGGCAGUUGCACAGUGAUUAAAUUUGCACCUUUACUUAUAGUGUUCAUUUAUUUUAUGUAACCAGUGCACUUUUGCUUUGAACUUGUGAUUUUGUUUUCUACAAACCUGUUGUAUGAUCUUUGUAUACAAUAAUGAUGAAAAUCUCUUU